ACAGUAAGCAGCAGCAGUCUGCUUCCGUGCUUCGUGGCCGUGGCUGCGGCGGUCAGCAUCGGCAACCUCGGACGCGGAAUCGAAAACAAAGAACGUCGGACCGAGGUUCGAGCGCCAUCGAUUCCCCCCCUAACCAAAAGAGGAGGAUGGUGGAGAUGGACGCGUUGCCCGAGGAGUGCAUCGCCCACAUCAUCUCCCUCACGGGCCUCACCACCCCUCGUGACGCCGCCCGCUUCUCCGCCGUCUCCCGCGCCUUCCGCUCCGCCUCCGACUCCGACGCCGUCUGGCACAAGUUCCUCCCCCCCGAUCUCGACCUCAUCGUCUCCACUUCCUCUUCCUCGCCGCCGCCGCCGCCGCAGCAGCAGCCGCAGCCGCCUCUUGGGCGCUCGCUGACCAGGAAGAAGGACGUCUUCCUCCGUCUCUGCAGCUCCCCUCUCCUCAUCGACUCCGGUCGUAAGAGUUUUGCACUUGAAAAAUGGAGCGGGAAGAAGUGUUAUAUGAUUGGCUCCAGAGAUCUGUCUAUAGUAUGGGGUGACGCUCCUCGCUCCUGGAGAUGGAGUUCACUCCACGUCUCAAGAUUCCCAGAGGUGGCAGAGCUCCUUAGAGUAUGCUGGCUCGAGGUUCACGCCAAGAUGGAGACGCGACUUCUGUCUGCUGACACAUACUAUGCAGCUUACUUUAUCUUCAAGUUUGUGCAUGAGAACUAUGGCUUCGAGAAUCGACCAGUGGAAGUGUCCAUCUUUUCUGGUUCCAUGGGUGAACGGAGCAAUAUUUUUUUGGAUCCUGAUGGGAGGUUGAGACAGCAAUGUCAAACUGCACGAGAGAGAUAUUCACAUGUUUUCCGUGAAGCAUCCGCGGCAGGACUUGUUCAGGCUAGGGAGAAACAAAUUCCUCGGGACAGAGGAGAUGGGUGGAAGGAGGUUGAUCUGGGCGAGUUUUUCGUGAGCGAUCCUCCAACUGGGGAGCUUCAAAUAAACUUGAUGGAGGUGAAAAGUGGUAACUGGAAAUCCGGUCUAGUCAUCCAGGGGAUUGAGCUUCGUCCUACACAGAUGACUUACCGAGAAAGCAGUCGUUAGCGCAUCGGUCGAUGGAGAUGAGGUGAACGAGGAUACUGUAAAUGUUACAGAUGAUUUAUACUUCACGUAAGAUGUUACAGAACAAAUAUUUACUAGGGGGUGUUAAUAAAAAUGGAGGACCAUUAUGAAAAGUUAUCAUUGAUCGGUUCAACCCUUCUUCGGAACAUUUCAAGAGUAAAAUCUGGAUUGUAUUAAGCCGA